UUAUACACAUGCUGUUUGGUGCGUUAUUUGUGGUUCCACUUCUGGUGAUCGUCUGCAGCUACCUCUUGCUGGUCACAUCCCUAAUCAGACGGCCUGACGGAUCCAUUCGCAUCCAAGGAUCAUCCAGCGCACAGGAGUCACGCCCCUUUCCGGGUAUUCAACACAAAUUUACCAAGGUCCAAAGUGCGGAGCGUUCAGUUAAUGUGCGGUAUUGUGUCUGGGUUCCUCAUAGCCUGGAUCCCGUUCUUCACGGUGGUGUAUAUGAGUCUAUACGCAAACUUCAAACACCCGUCACUUGCGUUUCUCCAGCUUAGCUAUUAUCUGAAUCCAUUAGUGAACCCCGCGGCGUUCUUCAUCUUCCAUCGACUUCGCCUCCAGAGAUCGCAACCCAGCGUCUAUUCCGGAACAACGGUACUCAGGUCUAGUGGGGAAUCAAGGCACGUGCGCUCCUCGACGAUGCUCAAGGAGAUAAAAGGAAACGACGACAAAUCUGCAACCAGUGAUCAUGGCGCUGAAGAGGAGACGGUAUUUUGUGAUUCUAGUAAAAUAAUGAUUACUAACGCAAAUAAUGAGUCCAUCUUGAUCGACGAGAAUGGAAUCGAUAAUGAAAAGUGAACAUGAAGCGGUUGAUCAAUUCGAAGAAAAACUAAAUAAAGAAAAUGAUCGGUGAAGAAGGAAUUGUUGCUAAGAGAAUGGAAGUUUUCAGUUUUAAUAAUAGCAGUUAAUGUCGAAACGUAAUGAGUUUAUGAAUAUGAUUGUGUCAAAGGAGGAACGAUGUCGUAAACAACGCGGCACAGACAUGUUGUUAUAUUUAUAAUAUUGAUUAAAGAAAACAAUGUUUGACUGAACAUCCUAAAAUAUUUGAGAACGAAUACUUUACGUCCCGAUCAACUGUAUAAUCGUUUUUUUUCUAAAUUAAAUGGAGAUUUUGCAUAUAGUAUAACAUAGCAUACGCGAGUAUUUUGUUCAAAACAUGUUAUUAUUGUUCACAUUAAGUAUACUAUUCUUAAAUACAGUGAUAAUUUUGUUAAUGUAAGACGUCGCCCUUUACCCCUUCUUAAUAAUAUUGUGAUUUCCGUCGAUAAUAUCGUAUUGAAAUUUUAACUUGAAUGCUAAUUAAAAACCCAGAUGUGUAUUGACGUAGAGUACAAUAUAUUAUGUAAAGUUGAUACGGGUGUGGAGAGAAAUAUUCGUUUAAAUGAACUUGAGCGGCAUAUUCUGUCAACAUCCUUUAAUAACAUGAAAACGGUAAUGAUACACACAUCAUAUGGGCGAUCGAUAUACGUUGGUUUUAACAUUCUUUUAUAACGGAGAUUAUGAGACAUUUUGCAACCUCUAACUGUAAAAUGUAGCGUCUUUGUCAUGCAAUGUAUGUGAAAUCAUCGUAUGAGUACUUCGCAAGCAACUACUUUCAUUUUGUUUUAAUUUCUAACUAUCUUUAAACUAUUGUGCUUGUCUGUCACAUAAAUUACUUGUGAUG